UUUCAUUUCAUUUUGUCUUUCUUUCUGUACAACAACAAUGUUGUCUCUGUAAUCCUCUAUCUUCUUCAACCAUUUUAUCUCUUUCUUUCAGAAGAUAGAGAUCAGAUGGCUGUAACAUCCUCAUCUUCAUUGUUUAAUAACAUCAUAAUCACUACUACAAAUUCUUUUGAUCGUAGACCAUUGCUUGGAUACUUAUUCUCUAAUUCACAAAUCCUUCACAAACAAACCUCAACAAGAUUAUCUUAUUCUAGGGUUUACUGCAAUUCUCAUGCAGAGGAGCUAAAACCACGAAAAUGUUCUCCAAUUCUAGAGAGUACAUUACUCUCAAAUGAUAAGGUAUCGUCUACUGGCGACUGGAAGGUAGUUCCUGAUAUUUGGAGGUCUACCACGGAAAAGUAUGGGGAUCGGACAGCGUUACUGGAUCCGUAUCAUGAUCCACCUUCAGAGAUAACUUAUAAGCAGCUGGAGCAGGACAUAUUGGACUUUUGUGAAGGACUACGUGUUGUGGGAGUAGAGCCAGAUGAAAAGAUUGCUCUCUUUGCUGACAAUUCGUGUCGAUGGCUGAUUGCCGACCAAGGCAUCAUGGCGACCGGGGCAAUUAAUGUUGUACGGGGGACAAGAUCAUCUGUUGAAGAGUUGCUGCAAAUAUACAGUCAUUCUGACAGCGUUGCACUUAUCGUGGACAAUGCAGAGUUAUUCAAGAGGAUUUCAGAAACUUUCAUCUCCAGAGCAGGUGUAAGAUUCAUUGUUCUUCUCUGGGGUGAUAAAUCUUGCUUAGGCGACAGAGCAGUAGAUGGGAUUCCUGUGUAUGACUACAAGGGAAUUACAGAUCUGGGCAAAGAAAGUCGUAGAACCUCGCUUGAUUCUGCUGAAGAUGGUGGCAGGAGAUAUGCUUAUGAAGCUAUCGACUCUGAUGACAUUGCUACACUUGUGUACACAAGUGGAACAACUGGCACCCCGAAAGGUGUUAUGCUCACACAUCAGAAUUUAUUGCAUCAGAUCAAGAGCUUGUGGGAUAUUGUACCUGUCGGACCUGAUGAUAGAUUUUUGAGCAUGCUUCCACCUUGGCAUGCAUAUGAGCGAGCUGCUGAGUAUUUCACAUUUACUUAUGGGGCUGAGCAAGUAUACACAACUGUAAAAAAUCUGAAGGAUGACUUGCGAAGUUAUCAACCACACUACCUAAUUUCUGUUCCUUUGGUAUAUGAGACGCUCUACAGUGGAAUUCAGAGGCAGAUUUCUACAAGCUCAACCAUUCGAAAGCUAAUCGCACUUACUUUACUAAAGAUGAGUAUGAUGUACAUGGAGGCAAAGCGAGUAUAUGAGGGGAAGUUUCUCACGAGAAAUCAAAAGGCACACCCACUCUUUAUUUCAAUGGUAGACCUGUUGUGGGCAAGGAUUACAGCUGCAGUUUUGUGGCCAUUGCAUAUGUUGGGGAAGAAACUUGUCUACAGUAAAAUUCACUCAGCAAUAGGAAUCUCAAAGGCUGGAAUAAGCGGUGGUGGAAGCCUGUCAUUGCAUAUUGACAGAUUUUUUGAGGCAAUUGGCGUCAAAAUACAAAAUGGUUAUGGUUUAACAGAAUCUUCUCCGGUUGUUGCUGCUCGAAAGCCUGACUGCAACGUUCUUGGCUCGGUUGGGCACCCACUGAAACAUACAGAAAUUAAAGUUGUAGAUUUGGAAACUGGUGAAGAUCUCCCAGCUGGUUCUAAAGGAAUUGUCAAAGUUAGAGGACCACAAGUGAUGAAGGGUUACUACAAGAACCCUUCCGCUACGAAAGAGGUCCUAGAUGAAGAUGGCUGGCUUGGUACGGGUGACAUAGGUUGGAUUGCUCCUAACCAUUCAAUAGGACGGAGUAGUAAAUGUGGAGGAGUGGUUGUUCUUGAAGGGCGUUCGAAGGAUACAAUAGUUCUUACAACAGGUGAAAAUGUUGAACCAUCGGAACUAGAGGAAGCUGCUAUGCGGAGUAAACUCAUUCAGCAAAUUGUUGUCAUCGGCCAGGAUCAAAGGCGACUUGCAGCUCUAAUUGUUCCAAAUAAAGAAGAACUUUUAGCAGAAGCGAAGAGGCAGUCGAUUUUAGAUGAUGGUGCCUCUGAAGUCAGUAAAGAGAAAACAACUAACAUUUUGCAUGCAGAACUGAUUACAUGGACCUCGGGAUGCUCAUUCCAGAUUGGACCAGUACUAGUCCUUGAUGAACCUUUUACGAUUGACGGAGGUUUGAUGACACCAACCAUGAAAAUAAGGAGAGACAAAGUUGUAGCUAAAUAUACAGAUGAAAUUCGCAAACUUUACAAGUAGAUAUGCAAAUACAAGAUGUAUUUUGGUUGAUAAAAUGUUGUACCAAGACUUGAUCCUUAAAUGAUUGGAAAUGUAAACCCCUCAAACAACUAAAAAUGAAUAAAAAUGGAUACCGGAGUUGGUCGAUUUUAUGACUUGCUCCAUCAAGCUGAUUAA